UGCUGUGGGGUCUUUAUGUAGGAGACUGUUGGUGCCUGGACUGGACUGAGUAGUCAGUAACCACACCCACAGCUUUUAAAUACGGGCUAGAGAGAGGGGACUGGUAGGAGACUGUUGGUGCCUGGACUGGACUGAGUAGUCAGUAACCACACCCACAGCUUUUAAAUACGGGCUAGAGAGAGGGGACUGGUAGGAGACUGUUGGUGCCUGGACUGGACUGAGUAGUCAGUAACCACACCCACAGCUUUUAAAUACGGGCUAGAGAGAGGGGACUGGUAGGAGACUGUUGGUGCCUGGACUGGACUGAGUAGUCAGUAACCACACCCACAGCUUUUAAAUACGGGCUAGAGAGAGGGGACUGGUAGGAGACUGUUGGUGCCUGGACUGGACUGAGUAGUCAGUAACCACACCCACAGCUUUUAAAUACGGGCUAGAGAGAGGGGACUGGUAGGAGACUGUUGGUGCCUGGACUGGACUGAGUAGUCAGUAACCACACCCACAGCUUUUAAAUACGGGCUUGUGAAAGAACCCUCACACACACGGGCAACACCAGGAACAGAGGAAUAGGGAUUAACUUAACAUUGGUCUGUCACAUCACAUCUUGCCUGGCUGUUGGAAGGUUAGAAGAUGGCUGUGAAUAAGUGUAUCAAGUACUUGCUCUUCCUCUUCAAUCUAAUGUACUGGAUCAGUGGCUGCAUCAUUCUUGGUGUCUCCAUCUACCUCAAAGUGAGCAUGAAUGGAAACGUGAUAAUGGAUGAGGAAGUGCCAAUUGACCUGCUGAUAGCUGCUGGUGUCAUCAUCAUGGUACUGGGCAUCCUGGGCUGCUGUGGAGACAUUAAGGAAAACCGAUGCAUGCUCAUUCUGUUCUUCAUCGGGCUGCUCCACAUCUUCAUCCUCCUGUUGAUCGCCGGAAUCCUGGGAGUUGUCAGAGAGAAGGUGGUGUUGGAGGACGGGAGACUGACGGAGCAGCUACCACCGGAGGACGAGAAAUAUGAAGUGAAGACUCGGAUGUGCAAAAAUGCAGGAGGACGAAAAGGGUACUCAACGCCUUGUGUCAAGAUUUCCAAGAAGAUCGUGCCUGGGACUGCUUUUAGUAUCGCAGUCUUGAUACUCUUUCGAAUGUCCUUCAUCAUGACCCUGUACUGCCAGAUUGGGAAGAGGGACGCCAACACUGCUCUAAUGCAGCAACACGUGAUACACUUGAUCUAGGGUUGUGGUCAAGUUGAAUUGGAAGUCAUCAAUUCAGGAAGUCAACUGAAAUUCCAAUACAAUAAUUGAAAAAAACAGGAUCUAUUUUCAAUGAUUUCUCAAACUGAAAAGCAGAAGUUAUUUAUUCCAAGUUUUUACAUUAGCAAUGUUAAAUACAAUUCACUUCCUCAAUUGACUGACUUCAAUUCAAAUUGACCCCAAUCAUGACUUAAUCAAAAACUGACUUUGACAUAUCCCAUACAGCAUGCAUUGAACAUGUACUUUAUACUGAA